GGCAUCUUUUCAGUUGACCCACGUGGUGUCCGCGUUCGGCUGCACGUUGCAGUUUAGCAUUGUCUUUUUACCUGUACGGUUUAAUGCAUUUCAGUACCAUUUGUGCGUAAACUAUUUGCGUGUGAAAAGUGUUUUGCGUGUGAAAAGUAUUUGCGUGUGAAAAGUGUUUUGUCGUGUACCCAUUUGUGAGUGAACUAUUCGCGUGUGAAAAGCAUUUCGCGUGUUGUAAUAGUGUUUUAUAAUGAGAUCUUUUAGAUGUGAAGUUUGCGAAAACGAGUACAGUUACAGCAAGACUCUGAAGAGGCAUAUGUCCACAGUCCACCUACAGAAACUAAGCGAAAUGAUGCCCCCUGUUACAAAUAAUCUAUGUUCGUGUACCUACCGGUGUUAUUUAUGUGACAAGGGUUUUACUUGUAAAGGUAGUUUAAAACGCCGCCAACAAAAUAUUCAUGGCGAACCACAUCUGAAGAGGUUCAAGUGUACGAUGUGUGCAUUUGUAACCGAUUCUAAAAAGUGCUGGAUGGAUCAUUUCCAGUUUGCACAGCCUUAUGUAUGAAACCCGAAGCCCUGGAAUUCUCAAAUGAAGAAGAGUUUCUAAAAUGGUAAGAGGAAAUUGAAUGUGCUACACAUUCCAAAUUCAUUAAAAGCUGUGGCACUACAUUUUACGAUGAUGGCCCCACAUGUUAUUACGUUUGCCACUGCUCAGGUUAGUUUUACCUCCAAAGCUCAUGGGAGUCGACAUCUAAAAUUGACAGGAAGCAACAAAAUUAAUGGCAAGUGCCCUGCAGAGAUUAAAGUAAAAUACAAAGAAGGAAAAUGCCAGAUUACUUUUGUGUCCACUCACGUUGGUCACGAUCUGGACCUAUGUCAUCUCAACCUGAUGGAAAAAGAACGGAUGAAGAUAUUGCUGCAGGAAUCCCAUUUCCUACUGCCCUCCAAAAAAUUUAAGAAACAAUGCAGAGCUCUAAUUUGGAGAGAGUGCAUCUUACGACGAUGAAGGAUUUACAUAAUAUUGCAGCUACGUAUACCCUGUCUUCAAAGUCAGUUAGACAUCCAAAUGGUGCGAUCAGCGUUGAAGCUUGGGUGCAAGAACUGCAGCAAAGUGACAAUCCAUGUGUAUUGUUCUAUAAGCCUCAAGAAACAAUUAAUUAUCUCCACCCUGAGAAGUGAAGACUCUGUGUUAAUUACAAUGAACAACGCACAAGGUGAAAUGUUAGCUAAAUAUGGAAGUGAUUGUAUUUGUGUCGAUGAAACUCAUGGCCUAAAUGACUAUGAUUUUGAAGUUACAACAUUACUUGUACUGGAUGAUAUGAGGCAAGGAUUUCCAUGUACUUUCGUCAUAUCUAACAGGAAUGACUCAAAUGUUUGGAGUAUAUUUUUCAAUUAUGUUAAGUCUCAGGUUGGACAGAUUUCUCCAAAAGUAUUAAUGACAGAUCUGGCAGAAUCGUAUACUAUCGCUUGGAACGAAACAAUGGGACGAACUGAAAUGAGACUUUUCUGUACCUGGCAUGUCGAUAUAGCCUGGUGGGCCAAUAUCAAGAGCAAAAUUAGAAAUUUGGACAAGAGAAAGGAGAUGUACAAACUUGUUAAGUCGUUAAUGCAGGUAAGAGACGUUGUUGUGUGUCAAGAAUCGUUGGCAUUGCAGAAACCCAACAGCGAUACAGAGACUUCAGAAUUUGGUCACUAUUUCAAGACGUAUUAUGAAAAAAACGUGAAGUGUUGGGCAUAUUGCCACAGGAUGCGAUCUGAACUCAACACAAACAUGCACCUGGAGAGCAUGCAUAAGACAUUGAAAUAUAUACGUGCAAAGCAGGUGAAACGUUUGGAUAAAGGUAUAUCCGCUUUGAUGUCGCUUGUAACAGCAAAGCAGUUUGACUGGCUCAUUGUCAACGUGAAAGGAAAGCUAACAAGUAAAAUGAAAAACAUUCGCCGUAAGUGCAAACCCAGUAUUGUUAUGAAUAGGCAGAGGUUGGGAAGUACCAGCCACAAAAUCACAUAAAAUUUACUUUGUAGAAGAAAAUAAUAUCCUCUGUAACUGUAAAUUAGUGUCCACUGACUGUAAAGUGUGCAUCCAUAGGUAUUCCUGCACGUGUAUUGAUUAUAGCAUCAAGUUAAAAAUGUGCAAGCAUAUACAUAAUGUCUGUCAACUAGAGAGUGCACGACAAAAUCCUUUGGAAAUUUCUAAAUUACCAGAUGCAGUAGCUACAAAUGUUGGAGACAUGUCUUUCAUUAAUGAGAGAGAAGUGAUUCUGAAGCAAGUAAGUGGAAAUGCUAAUUCCUGCACCCCAGAAGCAUUGGCAGAAGAGAAGAGAAAAAUUUUUUCUAGGUUUUCAGAAAUUGUUUCUGGUAUGUCAGCUACUGUUCAGCUGGCUAACAGAAUGGUGACUUCAUUGAAAACUAAUGUAGGUGUUGUUCCCACCAGUCGUGGUUUUUCUUAUGAUAGCCCACAAAGAAGCCUCAAGAGGAAACUUGUGUCCCAGAGGAGGCUGUUUUCAACAAAGAAGACAAGUUCCUCACACUGCAUAUCCAUGGAAGUUCCUGAUGCAGAAGAAACCAACAACAUCCUGAGAACACUUCUGAAUGAAGAGCCUGACACUGAGUGUAAGCAGCAACCUUUUGGCAUGCCAUUGCAGCAAGAGCUUCCUCACACUGCACCAGGACCUGUCAGUGAAUCAGUGUAGGAAGGUGCUUUUGAUAUACCAUGAAAGCAAGAGCUUCCACACAGCACACCAGGGAUGGGUGACAAAUGCAUGGUCAUCAACAGCAUUGCACUGAGCCUCAAUCACAGUCAUCACUGCCCAGCUCGGCUUGGGAGCAGAUUGACCUAGCAUUCUGGGCUGGUGGCAAAAGCAGCGUAGGUUGCCGGCAGAGCAUAAUAUCCCACAUAUCAGCAGAACUACCAUACCAGAGGCUGGUGAAGAAGAAAGGGAGAUCGACGUUUGACAUCCUGUCAACAGUGAAGUCAUCAGAGACAGAGCACAAGCUCUGGUACUGUCAACGACAGAGAAGAAAAUCUGCCUUGGCCUUUCAAAGGAUCCCUCCCAGCUUUUGCCUUGAGUGAUUUAGGGAAAUAAUGAAAAACCUAAAUCUGGAUGGCAGGACACAGAAAAGAACCAACAUGUUCCUGAAUAUGAGAUAAAUGUGCUAGCUAAUGUGCUACAAACCUUCAUCCAGAAGUGUUCUCAGUAAUUUGUUGGUUACUUCUGUACCAGGAACUGCUAUGGGUAUGCAGCUUGAGGAAUUUGUUUUCUUCUCCUCAGCAGUGAAAGUUUUCUCUUGUGACUCCUUUGUGGGCUAAUGAAAGAGAUCUCACUAACUGGUGUGAACAGCACCUACAUUAGCCUUCAAUGAAGUCAUCAUUUUGUUAGCCAGCUGAACUUCAAUAGCAGACAUACCAGAAACAAUAGAAAUAAUUUUUCUCUUCUCUUCUGCCAAUGCUUCUGAGGCAUACGAACUAACAUGCUUCAGAAUCACUUCUCUCUCAUUGAUGAAAGAGACAUAUCUCCAACAUUUGCAGCUACUGCAUCUUGUAAUUCAGAAAUUUGAAAAAGAUUUUCUUCUAUACUCUCUAGUUGGCAGACAUUAUAUAUAUGUUUGCACAUAUUUAACUCAAUGCAAUAAUCAAUACUUGUGCUGAAAAACUUAUGCACACUUUACAGUCAGUGCACACUAAUUUACAGUUACAUUUACAGUGAAUAAUAUUUUCUUCUACAUGUUAAACUUCAUGUGACUUUGUGGCUGGUACUUCCCAACCUUUGCCUACAUUCCUGCUUGAGUCCUUAUUCAUCAAAGAAAUACUGGACUUGUGCUUUCAGUAAACGCUUAUCAGUUAACUUGUUAGUUAUCCUUUCACAUCAACAAUGACCCAUCAAACAGCUUUGCUGUUACAAGCAACAUCAAUGCACCUGCUUUGCACUACCAUGUAUGUAUUUCAGUGUCUUAUACAUACUCUCCAGGUCCAUGUUUGUGUUGAGUCCCGCUCACAUCCUAUGACAAUAUCCCAACACUUCACAUUUUUUUCAUAAUAUUUAUUGAAAAAGUGACCAAAUUCUGAAUUCUCUGAAUCGCUGUUGAGUUUUUUGCAGUGCUUUUAUCGAACGAUUCCUGAAAUACAGCAACGUCUCUUACCUGCAUUAACAGCUUACAAGUCUGUACAACUCCUUUCUCUUGUCCAAAUUUGGAAUUUUGCACUUAAUAUUUGUCUUCCAGGCUCUUUCGACAUGCCAGGUACAGAAAAGUCUCAUUUUAGGAGGUCCACUUGUUUUGUUCCAACCAAUAGUAUACAAUUCUGCCAGAUCUAUCAUGAAUACUUUUGGGAAAAUCUGUCCAACCUGAGAUCUGUCCAACCUAAGACUUACAUAAUUGAAAAAUAUACUCAGAACAUGUGAGUCAUUCCUGUUAGAUAUGAGGAAAGCACAUGGAGAUCCUUGCCUCAUAUCAUCCAGUACAGGUAAAGUUGUAACUUCAGAAUCAUAGCCAUUUAGCCCAUGAGUUCCAUCAACACAGAUACAAUCACUUCCAUAUUUCGCUAAUAUUUUGGCUUGUGUGUUGUUCAUUAUAGUUAACACAAAGGCUUCACUUCUCAGUUCAGGGUGGAGAUCAUUAAUUGUUUUUUGUGGCCUAUAGAACAAUACACGUGGAUUUUCCUUUUUUCUGCACUUCUUGCACCCAAUCUUCAGUGCUGAUUGCAUCAUUUGGGUGUCUGACUAACUUUGAAGACAGGUUUUAUGCAGCGACAAUGUUAUGCAAGUCCUGCAUCAUUGUAAGGGGCACUCUCUCAAAAUUUGGAUUCUGCACUGUUUCUUGAAUUUUAUGGAGGGCAGUAGGAAAUGGGAUUCCUGCAGCAAUGUCUUCAGCUAUCUUCAUCCGCCCUUUUUCCAUCAGGUUGAGAUGACAUAGGUCCAGAUCAUGACCAAUGUGAGUGGACACAAAAGUAACCUGGCAUUUUCCUUCUUUGUAGUGGACUUUAAUCUCUGCAGGGGACCUUUCAUAGAUUUUGUUGCUUCCUGUCAAUUUUGGAUGUCGUCUCCCAUCACCUUUGGAGGUAAACUGACCUGAGCGAUGGAAAACGUAGUAACAUGUGGGAGCCAUCAUCAUAAAAUGAAGUGCCACAGCUUUUAAUGAAUUUGGAACAUGUAGCACAUUCCAUUUCUUCUUUCCAUUUUAAAAAUUGUUCUUCACUGGAGAAUUCCAGGUCUUCUGGUUUCACGCAUAAUGUAUGUGCAAACUGGAAAUGAUCCAUCCAGCCCUUUUUAGAAUUGGUUUCAAAUGCAUGCAUAGUACACUUAAACCUUUUCUGUUAUGGUUUGCCAUGAAUAUUUUGUUGAUGGCAUUUUAAACUACAUUUACAAGUAAAAUCCUUGUCGCAUAAAUAGCAACGGUAGGUACACGAACAUAGAUUAUUUGUAACAGGAGGCAUCAUUUCACUCAGUUUCUGUAGGUGGACUGUGGAUGUAUGCCUCUUCAGAGUCUUGCGGUAACUGUACUUGUUUCCACAAACUUCACAUUUAAAAGCUGUCAUUUUAAAACACUAUUACAACUGGUAAAAACAGCCACAAUGUACAGUAUCUCUUUAAAUCAACAGCUUAGUUCAUGGUUCAAUACUAGAAAUAAGGCUAAUCUACAGUAAAGAUGUAAAUGUAGUUACUUUGCUGUAGAAGGUGUUCAUUGUUCAAGAACACACCAUUUAAAUAACUUUUCUCUUCAAAAUGUGUAACUAGUAAUACAUUCAAUUUAAGAGAAGGUUAAAUCGUUAACUGGUGGCCAACUUUCUCUACUCCAUUCACAAAUUUAUUUGUAGAGCUAACCAAUGUACCAAGUGUACAAAAUAACAUAAAUUUUAUUGAAAAUUUUACCUCUGUGCACAUUCAAAUGAGUAAUAUGUUCUGUGUAAGUAAGUGUGGUAAACUGAUUUUCUGUUUGAUGGGGCGUGGCUACAAAAGGUUAAUAAUGUUUUGUACGCCAGUAUAUUGUGCAUUUACGUAUUGUAUUUAAAGUUUAUUAUUACUUCUUAAAUGAAGAUAUGUUUCAGACUUCUUUAUUUACUUCACGUCCUUGAAAACCACAUAGAAUCUGUGGAUGAUGUGUUAACAUAUUUAUUCUUUUGUAAAUAGAUGUCUCAUGUAUGAUCUCACUGUGAGCUUGUAUGUAUGUAUGUUUCUGUGUAAAUGAAAAAAUAUUAUGGCAUCUCUCAGUUCUCACAUUUUGAUUAGUGUAAUUUGCAAAUCUCAUUCUAGAUUUGCAAUUUAAUUGGUGCCCAGCAUUUUCGUUUGAUUGUGUAAUGUCUAUAUAUGGAU